AUGAUUGGCGUUGGACUCAACAACAAAGUGCACGCAGAGGAAGCCGGGCUGCCGAUUCCAUCGUACCCGGUCGUCUUCACCAAGUAUGCCGACACCUUGGCCGGGCUUUACCAAGACAUUGCUGUCGACGCCGUUACCAAAGAACUCGACUACGAAGGAGAGCUGACGGUGGUCAUUGGGAAAGACGUGAACAACCCGGAGCCCGAGGACGAUCCUCUGGACUACGUCCACGGGUUCACCUGGAGUCGACUCCCCCAGACCCCCGGCCUCUCAGUUCAUACCCCCCAAGAGAAUUUCGAAAAUGGCAUCAUCUCCAAGAUAGGCACCGACCUGGUGGACGCCGCCGGGCUGCUGGUGUACUGCAAGCCAGGCCAUACACCGCUCCCGGGUCUGAUCGAUGCGCACUGUCACCCGUAUCGCGAGCCACGCCUGGGCGAACAGUCGUUUCGCUUCGGUAUCACGACACUCAUGGGCAUGCACAACACCCAUGCCAACACGCAGUUACAGAAGAAGUGGGCCGAAGAGCGGAAAGAUUACCCAAAUGUCGAGGAGAAUUUCCCUAACAAUACCGUCAACUCUCACGGCGUGAUGGCCAUCAGCGACGGCGCGGACUAUGUCAAACUCAUAUACGAGGGUGGCCGAGCCAUUGGACAGAGCGGUAUCGUGCAAUCGAAGGAAGCGGAGCAGGCUGCAGUGGUCAAGGCUGCACACGGAAAAGGAUUCAAUGUCGUCGUCGCCCAUGCGCUGUCCCGACAAGACACCACCGAAUCCCUCGAGGAGGCAGAGGCUCGUGAGGGAACCGUGAAGAGGAUUGGGAAUAUUCGGGGUCUGCGACUUAUCAUGGCCGACGAAUUGGCGGAGCGGCUCAAGAGCCACGCACGGUCCUUUGACAGUCUACUGUCCCUUAUUCCUGCAAAACUUUACUAUGGAGAGGAUGUCAGCGAUCAAUGGAAAAGAAAAAAGCAGACUCCGGAGCAGAAGCGGGCCGCAAAAAUGGCCAAACUCGACCCGGAUAAUUGGAAAAGCGCAAAGGACAUAGUCGAUGAGAGGGCAGCAGCCGCAGCUAUGAAGCGGAAACGAGACGAUGAAGAGGACGAGCCUGACGAAAACUCAAACCUGGUCGACGGUGGCCAGGUGGAGCCGCCAAAGGCUGUUCAAGACGCACAAGCGCCAAAACCGAAAAAACAAAAGACCGAUGGUAAAGAUGUAGAAGGAACCACCAAACCCGAAGGUGUCGACGAGUCACAAGAAGACAAACGACGCAGGAAAGCGGAGGAAAGGGCCGCGAAAAGACAAAGGAAAAAAGAGAAAAAGGACAAGGCUAGGCAGAAGCUGGAACGACAAAAGGCCAAGAAGAAGGAAGCGCAACAACCUCAUGACCCUCAGAAGGAAGCCCUCAGGAAAGAAGUGAAGAAGGAAUUAAAUCUCCAGAUCCCGGUUGAUCUUCAAGUGAGCACUGAGCGAAAGAGCUCUCCUGAUGCAGAGUCACCAUCCACGGCGUCUUCCGAGGAGGAGCCAGAGGAGGUCUUCUCCCCACAGCAUGAGUCCGGCACGUCGUCAACGUCGUCCAUCCAACCCGCAUCCAUUGACGAGACUGUCAAACAUGUACAUUCGAGUUCCCUACCACCAGCAAGUGUGCAGGCGAUCAACAACCACGGCGAUGACACAACAACCAAAACACCCCGAGAACGGCUACAAGAAGCACUCUCUCAAUUUCGCGCAGAGCGUAAGGCCGACGGUGGCGAUGGUCGCCCACCAAAGAACCGACAAGAGCUGUUGGAACAACGACGUCGGAAAGAAGAGGCCAAGAAGGCAGCUAAGAAAGAACAAAAACGUCGAGAAAAGGAGGAAGAAGCUCGCCGUCAAGAUGAGGAGAUUGCAAGGCACUUCUCGCCGGGUGGUUCGGGCUCCCUGCUUGCGUCACCUCGGUCUCCCAUGAUCGGGGACAAUGGUGGCUCCUCUCCAAACUCGAAUUCCGCCAACAACUUUACGUUUGGCCGCAUCACUUUCGAGGAUGGCACCCAUUUGGAGCCCUCUUCAACAGCUGUUGUGGAGGAACACAAAAAGAAAGGCGUCCGUGACACUGCCACGGAGCUGAAACUCGCCGAAGCGAAAAAGGCUCGACUGGCGGGUCUGGAUGAGCAGAAACGACUUGAAAUUGAGCAAAAAGAUAUGUGGUUGAAUGCUAAACGGCGUGCCCACGGCGAACACGUGCGGGACAAUACGUCUCUGCUCAAGAAAGCACUGAAAAGGCAACAGGGCCAGAAGAAGAAGAGUGAGAGGGAGUGGAAUGAUCGGUUGGAAGGAGUGAAAAAGGCACAAGACGCGAAGCAGAAGAAGAGGGUCGAGAACUUGGCCAAGAGGAAGGAUGAAAAGGGUCAGAAGAAAACCAAAGUCAGGAGGCCAGGCUUCGAGGGAAGUUUCAAGGGAAGGACAGGCGGUAAGAGAAAAUCGUGA